CAGUUACGCAUGCGCAGAAGCCUGCGUAAUUUGUUGAUAUCCUGUUUGGUUUGUAGUAUUCGCAGAGGCUUUGCUCGUUCGAAUCCAAAAUUAGUAAGCACCGUCGGUUUCGUUUGAGAGUGGAUGCGCUAGUCAAGAGAAGGUCAUCUGUAUGAGGGACUAAUGGAAGACACACGGGAUUUGGCUGAGCGCACCCCGCGUUCAGAGCGGAAGAGAAGAGAUUCGUUUGGGAUGUUUGAUGGCUAUGACAGUUGUAGUGAGGAGUCAACCAGCAGCUCCAGCUCAGAGGACAGCGAGGAUGAGGUGGUUUCCUCUCUCCCUGCCAGUCUUCCCAUCAUCAAGAACAAUGGCCAGGUCUAUACUUAUCCUGAUGGAAAGGCUGGAAUGGCCACCUGUGAAAUGUGUGGAAUGAUUGGAGUCCGAGAUGCUUUCUAUUCCAAAACAAAGCGUUUCUGCAGCGUUUCUUGUUCCAGGAGCUAUUCUUCCAAUUCAAAAAAAGCAAGCAUAUUGGCUAGACUCCAGGGCAAGCCUCCAACAAAAAAGGCAAAAGUCUUACAGAAACAACCUCUUGUAGCAAAGUUGGCAGCUUACGCUCAGUACCAAGCAAGUCAACAGAACCAGGCCAAAUCAAAAGCUGUGGUUCCAUCUGAAAGCUUUGACUGGGGACCGUAUAUCUGUGUCAAUAACACAUCUGGAGCUCCAGUCAGCUGUUUCAAGCAUGCUCCCAUGGGGACAUGCUGGGGCGGUAUUGAGGAAGGUGUGAGAAUUGAAGUGCUCAACUCUGACACCAAUCACUCCACUAAGGUUUACUGGAUAGCAGAAAUUGUUAAGCUAGCAGGCUUCAAGGCUCUCCUGCGUUAUGAAGGUUUUGACGUUGACAGCAGUAAGGACUUCUGGUGUAAUCUUUGUAUCCCUGAAGUUCAUCCUGUGGGCUGGUGUGCUUCGAGCGGUAAACCUCUUGUACCGCCAAAAAGCAUACAGCAUAAGCAUUCGAACUGGAAAGCAUUUCUUGUGAAGCGUCUCACUGGAGCUAAAACACUGCCACCCGACUUUAAUGUCAAGGUACAUGAAAAUACACAGUUCCCUUUUAAGAAGCUGAUGCGGGUAGAGGUGGUGGAUAAAAAUUAUCUUUGCCGGACACGAGUGGCCUUGGUGGAGCAAGUCAUUGGAGGACGGCUCAGGCUGGUCUAUGAAGAGAGCCAGGAUGGAUCCGAUGACUUCUGGUGUCACAUGUACAGUCCUCUAAUUCAUAAUAUUGGAUGGUCGCGCAGCAUUGGACAUCGGUUUAAAAGAUCUGAUAUAACAAAGAAAAUUGAAGGUCAAGUUGAUGCCCCGCCACAGCUCUUCCAAAAGGUGCGAGAUGUGGACCAAAGUGUGGAUUGGUUUAAGGAUGGCAUGAAGUUGGAAGCUAUUGACCCUCUCAAUCUCUCAGCAAUAUGUGUAGCCACUGUAAGAAAGGUGUUGGCAGAUGGGUAUCUUAUGAUUGGAAUUGAUGGUUCUGAAGCGGUUGAUGGAUCAGACUGGUUCUGCUACCAUGGCACCUCACCCUCCAUCUUCCCCGUUGGCUUCUGUGAAAUCAACAACAUUGAACUGACCUCCCCUCGAGGUUACACUCAGCUGCCAUUUAAAUGGUUUGACUACCUCAGAGAAACUGCUUCAAUAGCUGCUCCUGUAAAGCUCUUUAACAAGGAAGUUCCCAAUCAUGGUUUCCAACGAGGCAUGAAGCUGGAGGCUGUUGACCUGAUGGAGCCACGUCUGGUGUGUGUUGCUACAGUGACAAGAAUUGUACAUCGGCUCUUAAGGAUCCACUUUGACGGCUGGGAAGAUGAGUAUGACCAAUGGGUAGACUGCGAAUCACCUGAUCUUUAUCCUGUGGGUUGGUGUCAGCUGACGGGGUAUCAACUUCAACCCCCAGCCUCCCAGAGUACCAGAGAAAUGUCUCAGUCACUCCCCAAACAGAAGAAAAAGGCCCAGCAGUAUAAAGGCCAAAAGAAAAAGAGGAAGAUUCCGGUUGGACGGCGGCCCUUCUCUCAGACAGUCAGGAGGAGAAGCUUUUCAGGGGAUGAAGAGCAGAGUCCACCCUUUUACCAUGUUGAGGGGCCAACCCAGCUCCAACACCGAACUCACCUCCACCAAACCCAUAAAUCAGACUCACUCCUACGAAUGAAGGAGGAAAUGAUGGAGGCGGAUGAGUUCAACUUUUCCCAGGGCACCUCGGAUCAGGAGAGUAAUGGCUCAGGAACAUUCUACAUUAAACAGGAACCUUAAGGUCUGGGGUUCAAACCAGGACUCAUGGGAGAAGGAUUGUGCAAGAAGUCUGGAGAAUCGGUGUGAGUUCAGAUUACACCUACAGGCACAUAUUUCGAAACGGAGAAGUAAGGUAAUGAAGAGAACAUGGUCAGUUCCUUGCCUGUUGAAAAAAAAAAUGGGUAUCCUCCGCAAUCAUUUCCAUAAGUGUGUAUAGAUUACAGAUGUUAGGAGCUCCUUUCUCCUGUCUAAACAUUCAACUAAGCUAUUUUUUUAAUAUAUGAACAAUAAAACAACCUUUCCUACGUACUCCAUGUCAGUUUCAGCUGCCCUAGGCCUGCAUAAAAUGUGAUAACUAUGUAUUGAGGUGGGUAAAAUUGGGGGUUUUUUUUCGUUUGUUGGUCGAUUUUCUUACACGUUACUUAGCCACUGAACACAGAAAUUCUAAAUCACCUGACCUAAUAGAAGCUAGCACAAAGAAGAACAAUGUAUUUUCUUUCCCUUUAUUAUUUACAUAUGAUAUACCGGUAGUUGAAAUAAUACUUGAAUUUUUCACAUGUUUUUGUCUUAACGUAGUUUUUACAUUUGCUAUUGAUGGCUUGUGGUGAAUCCUGAAAUGUAAAUUCAAGUGAUUAUAGCGAUUAGUAAGUGGAAAACAACAUUCAACAAAAUGAAAAGUAUAUGUAUUUUGGGUUUUAAUGAUAAUCUAGUCAUCCAAAGUACUGAAAAUGCUGCGUAAAAUUGCUCAAAAUCCUGACAUAUUUCUUCAGUCAAUUUUUUUUCUCUCCUAAUUCAGCCGUUAAUAUUUUCCACAGGAAGCCGAAAUGGAAUGUGUUAAAAUCUAUUGAUUGACACAUAAUUAGAAACACCCACAUUAAAGCUACUUCAGCCAGUAUCUUUGUGAGCAACGAAGAUUUGGUUGCACUUUUUUGCCGCCAUUGAACAUGCUCAAAAUUUUUUUACAACAAGAAAAAGUGUUGCAGAAUGUCCUCAGAACCAUUUUGCAACCUUGAACGAACCCGACUAAAAAACAAAUAAACACCAUUCCUGCAUGCGCACACACUUGCAAACCUUCCCCACUCAUUGCGAUACGGCCUUUUAUAGAACAUUUUGUGACAUUGACUAACAGUGUCACUCACAUUUAUCAUCAGAUAGAUAAACGCUUGGCAUGCUGAGACUCAAACCAUUAUGCCGAGGUAGAACAGCAAGAGACAAAAGCUUUGAAAAGAUUCAUGACGUUGGGAAUUCAAACACCGCUCAUAAUUAAAAUAUAAAAAGCAUGUAUGCGCCAGUGAAUUUUUUAAGGCCAUCCAUCAAUCGGAAGGGACCAGUUGUACUUUGUAGUUAAUAAUCCCUGCAACGUUAAUAGACCGUAUAUUGACACAUCCAUAUGUAUAUACAGGACUGCCUUUACCAACUCACAGGCCUCGGGCUAAGCAUCAAAUAUCAGCUUCCCUCCCCAACCUUAACCAAGAUGCGAAACUAAUUUUUCAACAUUGACAAAACAGAUCGGAACAUAUUUAUGCUCAUCAAUUUCUAAGAAAUAGAAGAGCCGACAAAUUAAAAGGUUGAGGCUAUACAGUGGUACCUCUACUUAAGAACGUCUUUUAAUACGAAACUUUCAAGUUACGAAACGCCUCAACAGGAAAAUAUUGCCUCUUGUUACGAAGGAAGUUUCAAGUUACGAAAGGUAAAAAUACUGUAUCGGAUGCUUCUCGCAGCUUACAGUUUCCUGAACGCAGCAUACUUAUAGCUGCUCUUCCACUGGCUAUUACCGAGCAUCUUCCUGGCAUCCCGUUGGCUAAGAGGGACCUCGACUGUAUGUAUCUAUGUGUGGAGUUAAAUGGAUAUGUGUCUAUGCAGCGUCCUCGUCAUUCGCACCUCAGGCCAUGAGGCAUUCUGAUAGUUUUACAUAAAUAGGAAUCAAACAGAAAAAGUGUUCACCAGUCGGGCGAUUGCUCACUAUGCUGAUGUUUACCUUGGACAUUUUCGAAGGAUUGUUAAAAGCCGACAAAAGUAAACGUCCUUGGAUCAGUUCUUUACAAAACGCCAGGUAAAAAACACUUCUGAGAGAGAACAUGAACUAAAGAGGGCAAAA